AUGGCGGAAGAUUUAGAAGCUAUGGCCGAGCUGAUCCGCAAGGCUCUGGAAUGUCCGGUGUGCCUGGCGUUGGCGUGCCGGGUUCGGUGUUGCUGUUCCAACGGGCACAUGGUGUGCGACACUUGCUACCGUCGGUUGGAGAUGAACGAAUCACCCACUUGCCCGAUGUGCAGGUCGCCUUUGUCGGAAACGAUCUUUGUGGCGGCGGCCGUUGAAACGGCGUUGACGGAUAUCACGAAAACCAUGAAGACCACGUGCAGCUACCGUCCGAACGGAUGCCGAGAACUGGUGGCCGUGCACGACGUGAACGAUCACGAGGUGUCCUGUAUGUACGCACCUGACGUUAAAUGCUUCGUGUCCACGUGUCAGUGGGCCGGAGUGAGCUCGCAGAUCUACGACCACGUUUCUUCCGUUCACCCGACUUCCGUUCUUCCCGUCCAGGGCAACACGUUGACGAUACCAGAUUUCGGGACCUUGAUGGAUGAUCGACGCCGUAAAGCCUAUCUGCUCAAAGACGAACGGGACAAUAUGAUGUGGCUGAUAUUGUUCCGGGGCACGCGCAGAAGCACACGCGUGUUAAUGAUGAAAGUGAAAUCUUCGGGCCAGCGAUCGGCGACGGUCACGUCACGCAUGACGUACCAAGCAACGACCGACCUAAGUCAGGCGAAACAUUCCCGGCGCAGACUCAUGAUGUGGGACAAGAACGUGAUCGAGAACAGCGAUGCGGCGUUUUCGGCGUCGCGCCAAUUUAUUGUUGUGCGCGCUCAGCCCAGCAACGACUUGAACGUUUCUUGGAACAUCAGAUAA